GCCCCAUCCCCGCCCGCCCGCGACCCCCCCCGCCACCGCCGGCGCGCUCCGCCCCUUUACUCCUGGCGGCUGGGCGAGCCGGGCGUCUGCUGCAGCGGCCGCGGUGGCGGAGGAGGCCCGACAGGACUUGGCGGCGGCGGCGGCGGUGGCGGCGGCGGCGGGACCGGCAGCAGCAGCAGCAGCUACAAGCUCCCAGUGCCGCGGCGCUGCCGCACGAGCCCCACGAGCCGCCCACCCCGCCGCCCUCGGCGCUGACUGACCCCGCCGGCGUGUCCGCUAGCCGCCAGCCCCGGCAGCGCCCCCAGUCGUCCUCCGACUCGCCCUCGGCCUUCCGCGCCAGCCGCAGCCGCAGCCGCAACGCCAGCCGCAGCCUCAGCUCCAGCCAUCGGCACAGCCACCGGCAUAACCCCAGCCCCAGCUCCUGCUGCAGCUCCUCCAGACACAGUCCCUACGCCGACACCCUGGAGGUUGGGAUGCUCUUGUCCAAAAUCAACUCGCUUGCCCACCUGCGCACCGCGCCCUGCAACGACCUGCACGCCACCAAGCUGGCGCCCGGCAAGGAGAAGGAGCCCCUGGAGUCGCAGUACCAGGUGGGCCCGCUACUGGGCAGCGGCGGCUUCGGCUCGGUCUACUCAGGCAUCCGGGUCGCCGACAACUUGCCGGUGGCCAUCAAGCACGUGGAGAAGGACCGGAUUUCCGAUUGGGGAGAGCUGCCCAAUGGCACCCGAGUGCCCAUGGAAGUGGUCCUGCUGAAGAAGGUGAGCUCGGGCUUCUCCGGCGUCAUUCGGCUCCUGGACUGGUUUGAGAGGCCCGACAGUUUCGUCUUGAUCCUGGAGAGGCCCGAGCCGGUGCAAGACCUCUUCGACUUUAUCACGGAAAGGGGGGCUCUGCAGGAGGAGCUGGCCCGCAGCUUCUUCUGGCAGGUGCUGGAGGCUGUGCGGCACUGCCACAACUGCGGGGUGCUCCACCGCGACAUCAAGGACGAGAACAUCCUCAUCGACCUCAAUCGCGGCGAGCUCAAGCUCAUCGACUUCGGGUCGGGGGCGCUGCUCAAGGACACCGUCUACACGGACUUCGAUGGGACCCGAGUGUAUAGUCCCCCAGAGUGGAUCCGCUAUCAUCGCUACCAUGGCAGGUCGGCCGCCGUCUGGUCUCUGGGGAUCCUGCUGUAUGAUAUGGUCUGUGGAGAUAUUCCUUUUGAGCAUGAUGAAGAGAUCAUCAGGGGCCAAGUGUUCUUCAGGCAGAGGGUCUCUUCAGAGUGUCAGCAUCUCAUUAGAUGGUGCUUGGCCCUGAGACCGUCAGAUCGGCCAUCCUUCGAAGAAAUCCAGAACCAUCCCUGGAUGCAAGAUGUCCUUCUGCCCCAGGAAACAGCCGAGAUCCAUCUGCACAGCCUGUCACCAGGGCCCAGCAAAUAGCAGCUUUUCUGGCAGGUCUUCCCCUCCCCCUCAGAUGCUCGAGGGAGGGGAAGCUUCUGUUUCCAGCUUCCCAGACUACCAGUGACACUUCUCGCCAAGCAGGACAGUGCUUGAUAACAGGAACAACAUUUACAAUUCAUUCCAGACCCCAGGCCCCUGGAGGUUGCCUCCCAACAGUGGGGGAAGAGACUCCUCUCCAGGCGUCCUAGGCCUCAACUCCUCCCGUAGAUGCUCUCUCCUAUUCAAAGAGGUCCGGCUUGGCUGGACUCUGCAAAAUCCUGGGGGGGGGGGGGGGGGAGGGGGGAGGGUCAGAACCCUGCCAUGGAACUGUUCCCUUCAUCACGAGUUCUGCUGAAUGCCGCGAUGGGUCGGGUAGGGGGGAAACGGGUUGGGGUAGGAUAGGACUAGCAACAUUUGAAGUCCCUGUCACCUCUUCCGACUCUUCUGAGUGCCUUCUGUGGGGACUCCGGCUGUGCUGGGAGAAAUACUUGAACUUGCCUCUUUUACCUGCUGCUUCUCCAAAAAUCUGCCUGGGUUUGGUUCCCUAUUUUUCUCUCCUGUCCCCCUCCCCCCAUCCUUCCUAUGAAAGGUGCCAUGGAAGAGGCUACAGGGCCAAACGCUGAGCCACCUGCCCCUUUUCUGCCUCCUUUUAGUAAAACUCCGAGUGAACUGGUCUUCCUUUUUGGUUUUUACUUAACUGUUUCAAAGCCAAGACCUCACACACACAAAAAUGCACAAACAAUGCAAAUCAACAGAAAAACUGUAAAUGUGUGUACAGCCGGCAUGGGUAGUGUACAAAAGGAUUGUAGUUGAUUGAGUUUUUUUUUAAAUUUUGCCUUUAAGUUAUUUUACCUGUUUUUGUUUUCUUUUCUUUCUGUCUUUCUUUCUUUCUUUUUUUUUUUUUUUUGGAAAAGAUGCGCAUUCUAACCUGGAGGUCAACGUUAUGUAUUUAUUUAUUUAUUUAUUUGGUUCCCUUCCCUGCUCCAAGCUUCCACGGCUGCUGCCAUAGUUUCUUUCCUCCUUUCCUCCUCUGACUUGGGGACCUUUAGGGGAGGGCUCGCUCUGUUCGUAGGGUGACGGGACUCAGGCGGGACAGCUGCUGCGGCUCCCUGACUGCUGCGGGGCCCCCUCACCUACUCGCCCAAGUGGGUAUGGGUUCCGUGGGGGAGGGGAAGGGGCAUUGCUGACUGGUGUACAUAGGAUGGAUAUAUGAAAAGCAGUUCUGGAUGGUGUGCCUUCCGGAUCCUCUCUGGGGCUGUGUUUUGAGCGGUGUGUAGCCUGCUGGUUUUAUCCGAGUGAAAUACUGUACAGGGGAAUAAAAGAGAUCUUAUUAUUUUUUUUUUUUUAUACUUGGCGUUUUUUGAAUAAAAACCUUUGUCUUAA